CCAUUCGCCACUGCUCGCAACGAAGGGCGGCGGCGGCUACCUCGCGCCGGCGGUCGGGCCGCCGAGGUCUCGUCGCACCACCAGGCUAACGGGUGGACGCAAGCUGCCGAGGUCGCGGCGCGCCACCAGGCAGCGUAGCGUGACGACCCAGGGGCCGAGGCUGCUCGCGGACGCACCACCGUUCGCGCCCGUGCGUCCGCCGCGGCGGCGGAGCUGCCACCCCGUCCCGCAUUUCCCAGUAAGCGCUUGUUUGAUCGAUUGAUUCCAUCUUCUACUGCUCUUGACUUCAAUUUGUUUGGGCGGCGCUCCUGAGUGGGCGUUUGGUCACCCUAGCCCUACUCUCUGAAUGUGUUACUAUUUUAGUUCACAAAGGUUCAGGCGAAAUCGUUUGUUCUCUAGCUCAUUCCAUGGAUCGAAGUUAAAACUAGCCGAAUCGCCAGCCAAAUAUUAGCCAGAUUCGGACACCUCUGUCCGUAUGUCCAAGCAACACUGUCAAGUGUCAAUGACACUCAUUUACAAAGAACGAACUGUAAGGUCGUCCUGGACCAGUAGGCAAGAACAGCGUGACAUUGCUGGUAGUGAGUGUGGGAUAGAAGAAUGGGAGGAGCUCUACCGGUGGUUGCAAGAAGUUGAGCUCUCGGAGGCUCGGAUGUCAGUGAUGAGGCUCACUGGCUCCUAACGACGAGUGGCAAGUAUAGUGCGAAAUCACUUUAUGUGAUGAUCAUGUACUCAGGCCGGGGUGCGCGACUUGCGGAUGCUCGAUAUUUGGAAAUCUCAUUUCCACUUGAAGCAAUGCUUGGGGCUCUUGCUUGGUUGAUUUGGACUGGGCGAAACGAUGUUGUCUUUGAACAGCGUGUUCCCUCUUCUCCGGUGCAUAACAUCUCCAAAUGUUCGCUCUUUCAUCGCAGUGGAUGCUUCUCUGUCCUGCAAACCGUAGGGAGGCCAUCAGGGUGGUUAUCAGUGGGGUGGCUGGGUAGUGCCUGCUGUGUAGGCUGCUUCGGCAGUCUGGUUGCUGCCUCUUUGUUUAGUUUUUUCAGAUCUUGUACCGUGACGUUGGUUUUCCCACUGAAACUCCUGCUUUUCUAUAUAAAGCAUAGCAUUUAGCCUUUUCUCUAAAAAAGUAGAAAGCGUGAUGUCCCAGCUAGAAAAUGUUCUAUAUUUGGGGUGUGAGAAGCGUGUCUUGACCAUGUGAUAAGAUAGCGGGUUAUAUCACAAAUGGAAACCAUGCUUGCGGAAUUGCUAUAUUUUCUGAAGGUGUGUAAUUGGUAGCUAGUAUGCCCCGAUGAAUAAAAUUUACUGAUAGGUGGUUAUUUGUUCUGUUCAAGUAUAGAUAUUUACAAAGCAAAAAUAUGUACAACCUUUUCAUUAGGUGUGGCAAAAACAUGUCUUCCACUUCCGGUCUCUAACAGAACAAAUUCGAGAGUAGGGCCUGAUAUUUUAAUUUAAAAGAAGUGGAACUCAAGUGAAAUGUUUGAAAGAAAAUGAGUGAAACUUAAUAUAUGAAAAAAAAGCAUUUCACAAAAUAUUAUGCCAAUAGCUAGGCAAUAAACUGAUAGCUACUGUUCACAUUGAUUUUUACCUGCCAUGUAGCAAUAUGUAUAUUGCUGCUGUAAGUUUUUCUCAAAUACCUUCACCAAAUCCUGGGAUAUAAAUUUCUCAUCAUUCUUAAAUAACUUAUUACCCAUGGCCCUACCUUGUGCCUUAGCAACUUGCCUUAGUAUGUUGAUGAGUUUGUUCAUAUAUAGACCAGCACACAUGUGUACAAUCCCACCCAUAACCAAAGAAAGCAAGUUCAACAAAAAUGUCACCCAUUCAAAGCAAGAAUGGCUCUCAGGAUUUGCUCCAGGCUCAAGUUGACCUUUGGCACCAUGCAUUGGGAUUUGUCAAGUCCAUGGCACUAAAAUGUGCAAUGGAACUGCAAAUCCCUAACACCAUCCAACACCAUGGUGGGGCUAUGACACCUUCUGAGUUGGCCGCAAAGAUCGGGCUCCAUCCAUCUAAGCUUCCCCGCUUACGACGGCUCAUGCGGGUGCUCACCGUAUCAGGCAUCUUUGCUGUCCAUGAAUCCACCACGGCAGACAAGGAGGCUGUUUAUGUGCUUACCCCAACCACUUGCCUCCUCGUUAGCGAUGAAGUUAAAUCGAAUUUAUUUCCCAUUCUGUCUUUGAUGCUUGAUUCAACUGUCCUUGCCCCCUUUUUUGGCAUGAACUCAUGGUUCCUAGAUGAGCACUCUACAUCCUUGUUCAAAAAGGCUCAUGGCCUUACCUUCUGGGAGAUGGCUGACAAGAAUGAUUCUUACAACCAGUCAAUCAACAAUGCAAUGGUUUCUGAUAGUAACUUUCUCAUGGAUAUCAUCUUGAGGGAGUGUGGUGAUGUAUUUCUUGGUAUAAACUCGCUUAUUGAUGUCGCUGGGGGCCAUGGUGGAGCUGCCAGUGCAAUUGCGAAGGCAUUCCCGCAAAUGAAAUGCACAGUGUUGGAUCUCCCUCACGUGGUUGAAGAAGCUCCUACUGAUGACCAUGUGUCAUUUAUUUCUGGCGAUAUGUUCAAGUACAUUCCACCAGCGGAUGCUCUUUUCCUGAAGUGGGUUUUUCAUGAUUGGGGCGACGAAGAUUGUGUCAAGAUACUAAAAAAAUGCAAGGAAGCUAUCCCUCCCAGAGAGGCCGGUGGGAAGGUGAUAAUCGUAGAUAUGGUGGUUGGAUCUGGGCCAAAUGAAAUUGUUACAAGAGAGACACAGGUUUUCUUUGAUCUGUUUAUCAUGUUUCUCGAGGGGAUCGAGCGAGAGGAGUUCGAGUGGAAAAAUGUAUUCAUGCAAGCCGGGUUCAGCGAGUACAAAAUUAUAUCGGUGCUGGGGGUUAGAUCUGUUAUUGAGCUCUACCCCUGAACGCUCCACGCAAAAUUAUGUGGAGUAAUCAUAUUAUAUAUUCAAAAAACGGCAUGAACAGCGUUUGUGCUGUCUUGUUGUAUGCAUGUGCUUUGGUGUGACCGAUAUGUUUACAGCCAGCUUAUUGCAUUUUGCGAGGUGUGAGUAGUUGUGACCAGUGAGUUACCUCUGUCACUGCAAGACAUAUAUGUGUAGCAGGUUAUAUGGAGUCUGCUCCGGUCGUGUUUUUAUGUAUAAAUUACCAUCGACAGUUGGGUGUAUAUUUUCUUAAUGGAGAUAAUGAAUGAUAUUGAGAUGUUAUGUCUA